AAAAUGAACACAUCAAGCGACCAAUGAACGCAUUCAUGGUAUGGUCCAGAAUAAGAAGACGUCAGAUAACUAACGAAUAUCCAAGACUGCAUAAUUCGGAAAUAUCGAAGUUGCUUGGUGCUGAAUGGAAGCUACUGGGUGAUGCACAGAAGAAACCUUUCAUAGACGAAGCCAAACGACUGAGAAGUCAACACAUGUUGGAUCAUCCCAAUUAUAAAUAUAGACCUAGACGAAAAUCUAAGAUAGAGAGGUCAGAGUUGGGUAGAAUGAACAUAAAUCCGUAUGUCGAUCAGCUACAGAGUGUGUCACGUAAUGUCUAUGGUCAGACGCCUAUUAUAGAAAAUAGGACCUCUUCAUCUUUGCCGAUUAAUCAUCGAUUGGAUUCAAAUAACAUCAUCAGAACGAUACAUGUUCCAGAUACCAAUUACGAAAUAGCCAUAAGCAUACCACCCACUCACUUGUACCAAGACCCUAUGCCAUAUCCCAGGUUACCAAGACCUGUACAACAAAUAAAUCAAUGUUAUGAGGGUUUGAAAUACCCAAUGGACAAUGUAGCAAAUUUUUCUAACACUAGUUCUUCUGGUCUACCUCCGUACUCCACUCUAACUACCAGUCUACCACAAAGAUCAGCGUUUAGAACGCCUAAUUUUUAUAGUUCUCUGUACAGUCAUUCUGACCUAGCAUCGGUUUAUUUCCAUUGAGAAUGAUCAGUUUUGGUUACUUUGAAUAUGUUUAUGCAGGAUGGAAUGUUUUAUAUCAGGCAAAGAUUAUGGGGAAUUGGAGAUUUUUAUAUGAUUGCAGAUUAAAAGAUGAAUGGAUAAUGAGAAUGAAAGAUGAAAGUCAAAAGUCAGAAAUAUUAGUGACAAAAAACAUUCAGUGAAAUGUGCUCUGAACACAGAUUUAGUGAAUUUAUGUGAAGAUUGUGAAUUUAUUUCCAUCGACCAUAUCAAAAUUAAUGUUAUAUUCAAAAAAUACUCUCAAUGUGUGGAAUUUGUUGGAUAGUAAAUUAAUUCAUAUCAUAGUAAGUUCAUAAUAAUUGGGUUUCUUCUUAGAACUCGUUAUUUCUUGAACUAAUAAUUUGUUCUA